UUACAACGGUUUUUUUUUACUGUCUCUAAUCGGUUUUUCCGAACAAAUUAAUAAAAAAAAACACAUUCUUUGUUUUUCUUUUGUUUUCAAGCAAUGUCACGAAGUAUUUUACUCUGAAUUAGAACAAUUAAUGAUGGCAAUUCCUAACGAUAAUUUCAUUUCUUUCACGCACAUGGGAAAACCGAAUAAAGAUAAAAAUGUUGCCAAAACUGGCAACAACAAUGAUGAUGUUCCGGAUUUUUUCAAACGUUUUUUCAAUGAUUUAAAAAAAUCUUCAAAUUCUAAACAAUUAAUGGCCGGAGCUAUGGGUGGUGUCGUUUCUGGUUAUUUGGCUGCAAAAUUUGGUAAAUUAGCUGCUAUUGCUGUCGGUGGUAGUAUGCUUGUUAUACAGAUAGCACAAUACAAUGGAUAUAUUGAGAUUGAUUGGAAAAAAGUCAAUCAAGAUGUUCAGGUGGUAAAGAAAUCUAUGGACAAGAAUAAAUCACAACUACCGGUAGUUGGACAAAAUAUUCGAAAAUUUAUCACCGAAAAUGCAGUGUUGGCCGGUGGAUUUGCGUCCGGAUUUUUGAUUGGAUUUGCUUGGGCAUAAUUAUCUAUCUUUAUUCGAGCAAAAAAAUCUAAUCCAAGUUCAUAUAUAGUAUAUAAAAUUAUCAACAUCAAACAUAGAAUUGAACAACAACAACAACAAGACUAAAGAUAGUCCGUUGCUAUUCCAUUUAUUGUUCCACUGUAAAUCUGUAUUCUAAAUUAUAAUUAUCAUUUAAUUUUGAAAAAAAUCUAUCUAU